UCAUUAAAAAAAAAGUGAAACAGAAGAAGAGUGAAUUGUCAAAAAUCAAUUUCGGAUUUGGAAAGCACCAAUUUUCUAAAUUUCGAACUGCCCCCAUGUUAUACAACAACAUUUAAGUCCUACAAUCAAAAAGUCGUACAAAUUUUGCUUAUUUUUAAUUUAGAAGUAUGGCUUUGCGUUCACACCAUAUGAGGUAUUUUAGGUUAUGUUCGAACAUCAAUAACUUUGGUUUUGUAAGAUUUUCUUCCACCGCUGGAGUCUCAAAGAAAGGAUUAGUCUUGGGCGUUCGUACCAGUAGUACUGAUGAAGUCAUACUAACUCCGGCAGCAACAAAAUAUAAUGAAAUAACUCAAGGAAAGCUCCUACAACAAUUCAAACUGUCAGUCAUGAUUUAAUGACCACACAGUUGUCGCAUCACAAAAAUGGCAUCAAGUCGUGAUGGCAGGAGCAGUUCUGCUUCGUCUCACAGUGGUUCCAAUAUACCGCAAAACCGACCGUCUAUUCGUACCCCGAAACGCCCACGUCCUACCACAAGUAACGCUUUAGAUGAGAAAAACUCUGAUUUUCUAUGUCCAGUGUGUUUCAAUUUGAUCGAAGAGGCUCACGUCACUAAAUGUGGCCAUACUUACUGUUACAAUUGCAUAGUUAAGACUAUUGAAACGCAAAAAAGAUGUCCUAAGUGUAAUUUAAAUCUAAGUUUAGAAGAGAUAUUUCCGAAUUUCUUGUUGAAUGAACUGAUAAAGAAGCACAAACUUCGUUUGAACGGAUACGAAGCUCUUGGAUUGACAAGAGACAGUUCCGGUGAGUUUACUGCUACUGUCGAUGGAUUAAGAGAUUUCGUGGCUAGCGAGUCUCAGAAUCUAACACUUCCAGAUGUGAAUGUUAUGUUAGAAGUACUCACUCAACGGAAACAACUUUUGGAAGCUGAAUCGUGCGCUGCUCAAAAUAAACUUCUGUUAGAAUUCCUCAAGCACUUGCUCCUUCAGAAAAAAGAAAGGCAGACACAGAUAGCUAAGGAAAUUUGUAUUAUUGAGCAAGAUAUUGAGCAGGUUGGCAAAAAGAUCAAAGAAGUGCAUAGUAAAUGUCCUACGCUGGAAGAAGUAGAGAGGACGGCCGCUGGAGCUUCAGAAACAGAUGCUUCAGCGGUAAAUGCGAUGAAAAAGGAAAUGAUCGAGAUUAUAGAUAAUAUUGGCAGAAAAGAAGAAGAUACAAAUACUUCCCUAGCCAUGAGGCGUAGACGAAUGCACGCAUACUUUGACGAUUUCGUUGAAUGCUACUUUUGUCAUCGUUCUAAAGAGAUGUUCUUUGGUAAAGAAGUCACUGAUAAGACAAAAUCCGCCUCAGAGAUUAACGUUGGGUUGGAUCUUUUCCGAGAGAGCUUGAUCAAAUUUUCCACGUACAAUUCUCUACGAGUACUCGCCACAUUAAAUUACUCGAGUGAUCUAUUUAAUAAUUCGACUAUAGUGUCCAGUAUAGAGUUUGAUAAGGAUAACGAAUUCUUUGCCAUAGCCGGUGUAACCAAACGAAUUAAGGUGUUUGAGUAUGGUGGAGUCAUUAAAGAUAUUGUCAGCGUCCACUACCCAUGUGUCGAAAUGGUAUCCCGAUCAAAAAUAUCGUGUGUCAGCUGGCACACGUACCACAAAAGUACCCUCGCCUCCAGCGACUACGAAGGUACCGUAACCAUAUGGGACGCCUCAACCGGCCAGAGGACGAAGACUUAUCAGGAACACGAGAAGCGUUGUUGGAGUGUAGAUUUUAACUGUGUAGAUACUAGACUAAUAGCAUCGGGAUCUGACGAUGCAAGAGUUAAGCUGUAUUCUUUGAAUGAAGAGCAUUCUAUUGCUACGUUAGAGGCCAAAGCAAACGUUUGUUGUGUCAAAUUUAACCCUAAAAGUUCGUCACAUUUAGCAUUCGGUAGUGCAGAUCACUGUGUUCAUUAUUAUGAUCUAAGAAACAUGAAAGAAGCAGUCAACGUUUUUAAAGGACACAAGAAAGCUGUGAGUUACGUAAAGUUUUUGAAUAGCGAAGAAAUAGUAAGCGCGUCGACUGAUUCUCAGUUGAAGAUGUGGAGCAUUAACAGUCCGUAUUGUUUGAGAUCAUUUGUGGGCCACGUCAAUGAGAAGAAUUUCGUCGGCUUGGCUACUGAUGGAGAGUAUGUGGCCUGUGGCUCAGAAAACAACGCCCUCUACGUGUACUACAAAGGUCUGAGCAAAAAACUGUUUAACUACAAAUUUGAGGCUGUAGAGGGCGUAUUGGAACAGGAAAGAAGGGAAGACGAUAUGAAUGAAUUCGUAUCUGCGGUAUGUUGGAAGCAGAGCUCGAAUGUGAUUGUUGCAGCUAAUAGUAGAGGAAUUAUCAAUGUCUUAGAACUGGUGUAGUCAUUUUAUGUUUAGUUAAUUUCGAUGGACGUUUACAAUUAAGAUGAGUAUAUGGAUAUAAACUGCGCGUCAUAGAAAACGGGCACCCUAAAAAAUGGGUCCUGUUGUCCGAUUUAAAUGAUUUUUUGAAUAUGUUAUAGCCCUAUUCUUUGUCAAUAUCUUUGUAAUAAUAUUUUUGCAAAACAGGUAAAUUUUCAUUGUAUACCGGGUGUACGAAUCAAACUGUGUUUUUUUCUCAAAGUUCGCAACACCCUGUGGAUUAUUCUAGUAUUCAUAAAAUACUGAAAUUAAAAUUCGACUAUAGCCUCAGGUUUUCUUAACAUUCUGUUUUUUGAUUCAUUCGCUUAUGUUGGAUAAUACAAAAGUUAUGUACUUGAACAACUAGCCAUGUUCUUCAUCAGUACAGGGUGUUAUAAGUCUAAAGUGUUUUCGGGACUAAAUAAGUUCGACAAACUUUAAGGGGUAAUUCUGCAUUAAAAAUAAUGACAGUUUGCUUUAUAAUCAUAUAUCCGCAAAAGCUUCGUUUCCGAGAUACGGGAUGUUAAAUUUUUUCUUACAAACUGAUGAUUUAUUUAUUGCUUUAAAACCGGUUGAGAUAUGCAAAUGAAAUUUGGUAGGUUUUAAGAGAUGGUUAUUGCGCAUUUUUUGACAUUCAACUAAGAAUUUUAUAUUCACUAUUGGAGCGCAUACGGGUAAUAUGACCGAUCAUAUUAUUCGUAUGUACGCCAAUGGUGAAUAAAAAAUUCUUAAUUGUAUAUCAAAGAAUGUUCAAAAAUUACGCCUUAAAACCCACCAAAUUUCAUUUGCAUAUCUCAACCGGUUUUAGGGCAAUAAAUAAAUCAUCAGUUUUUAAGAAAAAAUUCAACAUCCUGUAUGUCGGAAACGAAGCAUUUGCGGACAUAUGUUUAUAAAGCAACCGGUCAUUAUGUUUUCAUGCAGAAUUACCCCUUAAAGUUUGUCGUACUUCUUUAGAAACACCCCGUACUGAUAAAGAGAAUGCCUAGUUGUUAAAGUACAUAACUUUUGUACUAUCCAUCAUAAAUGAAUGAAUAAAAAAAAAGAGUGUUAAGAAAACCUGAGGCUAUAGUUGGGUUUUAAUUUCAGUAUUUUAUAAAUGCUAGAAUAUGCCACAGGGUGUUGCGAACUUUGAGAAAAAAACACAGUUUGAUUCGUACACCCGGUAUAUAAUGAAAAUUUACCUGUUUUGCAAAAAUAUUAAUACAGUAAUAUUGACAAAGAAUAGGGCUAUAACAUAUUAAAAAAAUCACUUAAAUCGGACAACAGGUUUAGGAGAUACGCGACAUCAAAAAUGACCCAUUUUUUAGGGUGCCCGUUCUCUAUGACGCGCAGUUUAUUAUAGUUAUAUACAUCUGUGUCUCAAGUUAUUCCAGAAUUUUAUUUAUUGUAAGAAAUCAAAAUCUUCUAUAUGAUUAUUAGGCAAUUUUAUGAAAUAAAAAGAUUCAAAAAUA